AUGGCAUCCGUGAGUACAACCCAAACUCAUGAAAAAAUGAAUCAGGAAAUCAAUAGAUUUCUGGAUUAUUUACUCGAUACAGAUUCAACAUCAGAAAUAGCAUAUCAUCAAAAAAUUUUAGAAAAAGAUGAUUUGUAUCAAACACAAUAUGGUUCAUGUUUUGAGAAAGCCGUUGAACAAAAAUUACAACAAUGGAAAGAAUUUGAUCAAGAGCAGCAAACACUUAUGAACGCAGAGAACGAUCUUGGAGACAAUGAAUCUGACAAUGAAUCAGAAACAGAAGAAGAAGAUGAAGAAAAAGAAGAAGAAGAAGAAUUAUUAUCUGGAGAUAUCAAUUUUGAUCAAUCAUCAUCGUUACGCAAUUGUUCUAAACAAGAGGUAGAUCUAAAACCACUUGAAACUUAUAUUAAUUCAAUUGAUCAAUACAAACGUCUUCUACAAUUCUUAUAUCAUUGUCAACAGAGUCAUUCUCAUUUUACUGAUAUUUAUUUUCGUACUCUUGAUCAUUGUAUGAAAAAUCAAAAUGAAAAUAUUAGUAGUAUUGCUUUACAACAAAUCGCUCUGCAUCUUUCUGAUGGUGUUAAUAAUCAGAAGCAACGUGAACGUUUAAUCAAACAUCUCCCGAGUAAAACAACAAUGUCUACUAUUUCUGAAAUACAUAAACCAAUUGUUCAUACAAUUGAAACUUUACUUUCAAUUAAUGAAACAAUCGUAAUGUCCCAAGAUGAUCUUGAUAUAUUAUUUCCUUAUCGUGCUCGUUUUCUUGAUUUACAACGUGAAUUUCGUGAUAGCACACAUUAUUUUAUUGAUGGUGAUUCAUUACUUCUCUCCAUUGCUCAUCAUAUUAAUGUUGAUCUUAUUUCAUACUUUGGUAAUACUCUUCAUGUUAUCUUCAUUAUUGAACGUAUUCUUUUAAUACUUUUCAAUCAAACCCAUCAAUGUAAUUAUACAUUACUCUUUUUUGAUUGUCAUCAUCAAUUUUAUCAAAAAGAAAAGUCAAUUCUUAGUCUCAUUCGUUCUUGUCUUAUUACUCAUCUUUCAAAAAAUAUUGAUAAAUAUGGUUCUUCGAAAGUAAAACAGUUUUCAUCAUGGUUUGAUGAAGAUUAUAAAAAAUUUGCUAAAGAAGAAAAACCACAUUUUAUAUUCUAUCAUGAUAUGUCAAGUUUUAAUUUAACAAAAGAUCAUCUACUAUCUGAACUAUCUUUAAAACAAUUACUUUAUAUCUAUCGUUUAUUUGGUAUUUAUCAUCAAUUUGAUUUAGAAUGUCAUGUGUAUUUAAUGAACAAAUUAACAUUGACUGAUACUUAUAUAAAAUGUUUUCAAAUGAAUUAUAGAGAAAAAUGUUCUAAAAAACGAAUAAAUGAUAUAGUUCAAAUACGAGCAUUCUAUCAACAUAUUACUAUAAAUGAAAAGAAUAAAUGGACGGAAUUUGAAAAACAAAUAAGUGAUAUAAUCACUCAAAAUGAUAUACGAGUAUUUCUCUAUAUUAAAACCAUCAUUGAUUUGAUGGAAAUGAAAAAGGAUCAAGUUGAUGAAGAGGAAUUAUUGAAAUAUCUAAGUCCAUUAUUACUUCUUCACAUAGCUCUACUUAUUCGUUUAUCAUUAAUUGAUCGUCAAAUUCCAUCUGACUUCCCUUCGAUUACAUUCAGUACAAUUUUUUCUCAACUAAUUACUCAAUUUCAACAACAAUUAGCAUUAUCUGUAUCUGCAUGCUCAUCAGUUCGAUCUUGGUCGAAAAUAACUGAUCUAUUCGAUGGACGUUUUUUUGCUUUUACUCUAUAUCAAUUAAAUCAAUCAUCAUCAAAAAUAUCAUUUGAUUCCGAUACAAUGAAUAUUAUCAUAGAUUGUUUAUCAUUCUUGAAAUUUUCAGUCGAUAAAAACAUAUUCUAUGAAACAAUAGAAAAACUAAUUCAAUCCAAACAUUUAAUAUUUUCAUCGUCAUUUUCAAUAGAAACAGAUGUUGGAAGUAAGUCACAAGAAAUUGCACGAAUAUCAAAUCGAUUUAUUGAUACUUAUUUACAACCGAUUAUAUCAAAUCCUGAGAAAUUAACAUUUAAUUUUGUCGAUCCGAAAAAUGUUCAAUUGGCUCGAUAUGAAGGAAAAUACCAUUGGCAUGUGUAUAAAGAAGUUGGUGAUGAAAUUAGUCGGAUACGAAAUAAUGAUGAAACAUUUCGGAACUCCACUAAAUAUCGUUAUCGAACUAAACAUCAACAACAAUUUUACGCAUAUUUCACUUUAUAUGGCAAGUCAUUGACUAAUCGUGAUGUUCGAGAUAAUCAUCUACAGAUUGUUUUACCAACUGCUCCAACAACGAUGUCAACUGACAAUAAAAAGAAGGAAAAACCUCAGAAAAAAGCAGAUAAAAUUCGAGAAGAUAAUAAACAACAAAAAAUGAUAAAACGUGCUGAAGAUGAAGGUGAACAAUUAACUUCAGUCAAUAAUUUAUUAAAAGGAAUUUCACUUGAUGAUUAUUCAAAAGCAAUUGAAAUUAUUGAUGAAAGUUUACCUAAUUUUCAAACUUCAAAUCAUCGUCUUGAAUUAUUAAAACAAAAAUUUCGUCUUCAACGAAAAUAUUUAGAAUCACUUCGAAAGAAAACUAUUUUAACUAUUGAAGAAACAUCCAAAUUAGAACUUCUUCAAAUAGGUUAUUUUGCAACAAUGACAGAUGUAGUACAUCUCGAAAAGAUUGUUGACGUCUUUGAUAAAAAGAAAAAAUAUUUCGAAGAACUUAUUAAUCAUUCACCAUUAGAUCGAGAACAAUUCUAUCGAUUUCAAAUGGAACAAAUCAAUAGUCGAUUACCAAGACGUGAACAAGGUACGCCUGAUAAUCGUGUAGUAGAUUUUAUUCCAGAUGAAUGGCAAGUCAAGUUUCUUGAUGCUGUGGAUAAACGACAAUCCAUUAUUAUUGUUGCACCUACUGCUUCAGGUAAAACAUAUGCAUCGUAUUAUGCAAUGAAUAAAGUAUUAAAAGAUAAUAAUGAUCAACAUGGUAUUUGUGUUUAUAUUGCACCAACAAAAGCAUUAGUCAAUCAAGUAGCAGCAACAAUUCAUUCAAAAUAUGGUCCUGUAUUUGGAAUCUUUACACGAGAUUAUCGUGUUAAUAUGGAUUCCUGUCGAAUAUUAGUUACUGUUCCUCAAUGUAUGGAAAUUUUACUUUUGUCUCUAACACAUCAACAAUGGUGUCAACGAAUAAGAUAUGCAAUUUUCGAUGAAAUUCAUUGUAUGUCAGGUGAAAUUGGAGCUGAUGUUUGGGAAAAAACCAUGUUACUUAUUAAUUGUCCAAUGAUUGGUCUUUCUGCUACGGUUAAUAAUAGUGAUGAAUUAUGUCAAUGGAUUACAAAUGUUGAAAAACAACGUUCAAAAUUAUUCAAAACAUCAACACCUCGUCAAGUAUGUUUAAUUACUCAUCAUGAACGUAUUGCUGAUUUAAAUAAAUAUUUAUAUUCAAAUCGAGAAUUAUAUCCAAUUCAUCCAAUUGGAGUUAUGAAUACAAAACAAUUAAUGACACGAGGUAUUCCAAAAGAUUUUUCGUUGUCACCACGUGAAACUAUAAAACUUAAUGAUCAAAUUAAAAAAAAACAAAAUGAUAUUGAAUGUAAACCAGUACCAUCAUUAACAGAAUAUUUCUCAUCUGAUUGGAUAAUUGAACGAAGUAUAUGUAAUGAAUAUUCAAAACUUGUUCAGAAUCAAUUCCAUCAUUUGAUUGAUAAACAAAAAACGUCCACGAUCGAUUCGAUUAUUACAGCAUUGCAACCAAUUACGUCAAGUGAUGUUAAAUAUCCUGAAACUAAAAAAGUAUCAUCAUUAAUUGUUGAUUUUAUCGAUACAUUGAAAGAAAAAAAUCUUCUUCCGUGUAUUGUUUUUUCGGAUAAUCGAGUUUUAUGUGAAAAAAUGGCUGAAAGUGUUGCAAAACAUUACGACCAAAUAGAAAACGAUUUACGAGAAACGAAAUAUAAAAAACAAAUUGAAGAAUUAAAAAACCGUUUAGAAUUAGCAGAACAAAAUCGUCAAAAACUUAAACAAAAAAAAGUCUCGAAAUCUUCGAGUAAACGUCAUCAUGAUGAAGAUAAUAUUGAUGAAAUAAAAAUGGUCGAAGAAGAAAAUAAUCAAAUUUUACUUUCUGAUCAUGAACAACAAUUAUUAGAUGGAAUUUUAGAUGAAGGAACAUUAGCUAAUCGACGAAGAUGUGAUCGAGAAUUAGCUGAUGCUUUACUAGAACGGGCAGAUAAGGAUAAUUCUCGAUUAGUAUCAUAUAUGCGACGUGGUGUUGCUUAUCAUCAUUCUGGUUUGAAUAAUAAAGGUCGUGUUGCUGUCGAAGCUCUUUUUCGUACUCGAUACAUUCAAGUUGUUUUUUCUACAGCAACUCUUGCAUUGGGUAUUCAUAUGCCAGCAAAGACAGUUGCAUUUAUACAAGAUACAAUUUAUCUCGAUGCUUUACAAUAUCGACAAGCAUCAGGACGUGCUGGCCGUCGUGGUUUUGAUAUACAAGGUCAUGUCAUAUUUAUUGAUAUUCCUUUAGCAAAAAUAAGUCAUUUAAUGAUGUCUGCAAUACCAAAUAUUCAUGCACAUUUUCCUACAAGUGUAACAUUUCUUAUGCGUCUUUUACAUUUAUGUUCAAAUGCUAAAGAUAUUAAUGAUGCAAUUAAUCGAUCAUUAAUUGUAUUACAAUGUCCAUUGAUUGCGCAAUCAUCAAUGAAUAGUCAACUAAUUGAUGUUCAAACACGUUUUCAUUGUUUAUUUACAAUGGAUUUUCUUUAUCGAUUAAAUUUAAUUAAUAAACAUGGAGAAUUAAUUGGUUUAGCUGGUCUUUUAACUCAUAUACAUUAUUUUGAACCAGCAAAUAUUUUACUUGUUUAUCUUAUGGAUACUCGAUUAUUUCAUCAAAUUAAGGAUCAAUUUGAAAUCAUUACAAUCUUGGCUUAUCUCUUCACGAAUAUGCCAUGGUUAAUUACCGAUAAAAAAUAUGAAAAUCUGAUGAAAAAUCGAAAAGAAACGAAACUUAAUUCAAAAUUAUUCUUACCACCAAUUUCCAACGCAUUUCGACAACGUAUUGAUGUUUAUAAUUCAAUCGUUAAAGAAGUUUAUGGAUGUUAUAUAGAAACAAUUGCACAAUAUCUUCGUAAUUCGAACAAUAGACACGAAGAAAUUUUACCAUUUUCAAACAUUUCAUUUGCUCAAAAUAUUGAUUAUGAUAAUGGUACAUUUGAAUAUCAACUACAUCAUCAUUAUUCACAACAAAGACAAAAAUCAUUAUCAAUUUCUCCAUUUGCUGCUCUGUCAGGUCUUACUCAUGAAAAAUAUAUGUUAAAUUAUAAUCCAAUUAUUGGCUCAUGGGAUCUUGUUUAUGAUCUUGAUUUAUCACCAAAAGUUGUUCCAUUUUUUGAUAUCAACUGUUGUGAUCAUACAAAUACAGCUUACCAUUUGAAUAGUUAUGUAUUAGAUUUUUAUAAACAUGGUUCGGAAGCUUUAAUAAUCAUGGAAAAUGGUUUAAAUUCUGGUGAUACAUACAAUCUUCUAUUAGAUUUUCAGUUGAUGCUUUCAUCAAUUAAAACAUCAUUACAAGUUAUUCUAGACCAUGAAUUGAAACAUAAUAAUGAAUCUAAGGAUCGAAAUAUGCUAUCACCAUUAUAUAAAUUAAUAACGAAUUUACAUAUGAAAUUUUCAACAAAGUUUCGUCGACAAUAUCCCGAUCGAAAUAAAUUGUAG